UCUCUUACGCACACAUACCUAUACCUAUACACGUACCGAACACGUCCGGCGUCAUCGCAAUCUCCCGCCAACCUCGACCUCAACUUCACCGGACCGACGGCCAUUAUCCACCUCAACCAUAAAAUCACCCAUUCCCACACGCGAUUUUACGCGUCAUUGCUUCUCACCUACUCAGAAAAAGGUCCUCGGAGACCUUGUCGGCCAUCCUCGCCAUGGCUACAACGCGUCGACAACCCCCUCUGCAGAUUUUUCAAGACCCGAUCCCCUCAACUUCAGCCUCAAAUGAUCAUCACGACGUAGCCGCGUACGAGCCUCACCUCCUCGAUGCCUUCGGCUCAGUCACCGACGUGUCGUAUGACCAUCACACCCUCCUGGAGCCUCCGCACACCUUUGAGAACGCGCCUUCGCCACAGAAACUGCGUCACGUCUCCAGCUCACCACCCCCCGCCGCUCUCGCCGAAAAGGGCCUCAACAUCGUCUCCAUUCCCCCUCCACAAGAGCAGUCUUUCCGCACCGACGCGCCGUUGAAGAAGGCUCAGCGACCCAUCCCCAGGCAAUCUCACGCCAUGGCGGCCGCCGCCGGCAACAGGCAGCCAAUGUUCAAUUCUUUCAACUACGACAAAGAGAACAGAUACGCGACCAGUGCAAGCCAGCCUCUGCCGGACCUCGCCAACUUUCCCGCCGCCGCCGCCGCAGAGCCACCCAUCAAAGGAGGCCACAAGCGCACCCUCACCGAUACGGCGCCCCUCCGCGACAGAUCAAAGAAGCAGAAGGUCACCGCCCGCGAUGCCCUCGGCGACGAGAACUUCUCGUUGCCCGAACCUGAUCAGAUGCCAUCCGUCGAAGAUGACGGUGCCAAGCCACCAUACAGCUAUGCGAAUCUCAUCGGAAUGGCCAUUCUUCGCGCACAGAACCGCCGCCUCACCCUCGCCCAAAUCUACAAGUGGAUCUCUGACACCUUUGCCUUUUACCGCAACACCGCCGACAUGGGCUGGCAGAACAGCAUCCGCCACAACCUCAGCCUGAGCAAGUCCUUCUCCAAGCAGGAGCGUCCCAAAGACGACCCAGGAAAGGGUCAUUAUUGGGUCAUCAAUCAGGGUUUCGAGAAGCAAUACCACAAGGUCAAGUCCACUCGACGUCCUACUAAUCCGGAUGGCUUCCUCCCCUACCCUGGUGACCUGGUCCGUCCGUCCACAGCUUCGGCUAGUCUGCCACCACCCCCCAUGAGUGUUGUCAAAAGCAUUGACUCCAGCAAAUUUCCCGAAGAGACGGAGCUGUCUUCGGACGCCACCAUCCCCUGUUCCGAUUCUGGCAUCCACGACGGGGAGGAUCCGGAACGUUCGAUGCCUCCUCCACGUCAGAUCCCAUCGUCACCACCACCGGCCGACAUUCACUCCUCACCUCCACCACCCGUCACACGCAGCAUGCGUGACGAUACUCCGCCUCGUGCACCACGCUUCCCUGCCCACAGCAGUCGGUCUGGCGGACGCAAGAGGAAGUUCAAUGGCCUCGGUGAUAGUGGUUACUACUCGUCCAUCGAGUCGUCGGCCAUCAAAGGCAACCCCCUCGGACCACUCCUCACCUCUGAGGCCGACCACGAUCGACCCAGCAUCAAGCGUGGCCGCGCCGAGGAGGAGAUUGCUCGCAUCCGUGGCUCUUCGUACGACUCUCCGACGAAGACCCGCCCCCAUAUGAAGCAGCCUGCCGCCGCCCUCAUCUCGUCCCCAUUCCGAGCUCCCCCCAAGGAAGGACGUGGUCCUCUAACGCCCGCAAUCGUGUUCAAGCGUCCUGCUCUGCCACCUGCUUCGGCGUCGCCCAACACGAACCUUCGCAACCACAGGCAGCGCAUGCGUGAGCUCGUCGGUGGUUCGCCCGACAAGGACCUUACCAUGUGGAUCGACGCUAAUUUUCUCAACACUAAUAACUCGCAAUCCUGGAGCCCUGCUGUUUCCAUUCCUAACGAUGAGAACGUAAACCUCAUGGGCGAAGGCUUCGAGAGCACCUUUGACGUCUUCGGCGAUAUGUAUCACGAGUCGCCCCUGAAGCGAUCGGCCAAGCGUCCGCGACUGGAACGUGCUGCCACCACCACAGGCAUCCUUGCCGACAUCACUGGCCUGAAGCCAAACAUGUCGCCCACUCCCAAUUGGAAGUCUCCCUUCCUCAACAUUCCUGCUUUCUCUCCUGCGCGUCAGCAGUCACCCAAGAAGAGCGUAACCUCGAAUCCUCUAGCUUCGAAUGCUCUCACUGACUUCCCACUUCCACCGGCUGGGCCGAGCCGCAGUGGUGCUGCUACGACCGAGAUGCCUCAGACCAAUAAUGAUGAUGACAUCUUCCACCUUCUUCACAGCGACGAGUCGGAGCCUGGCAUCGACUUGCUGCAGGGCUUUGAGAAGAUUGGCGCCCGGGCAUCGGUCGUUGCUCCCAAUGGCUCGCCAUCCAAAGCACCUCGACCCAGUCUCCAACGCAGCACCACGACGCGUUUUUAGACGCGUUUCUACGACCUCGACCUCCUUUUGCCUCUUGAAUGUCCUCUUCUGAUGACGUAACGAGUUGGCUUCUUGAUUACUUCCCCUCAACGCGUACUUGACGCGCUUCUGAACAAGAUCUUUUUAU